CAAUUCUAAACCAAAGUGGCAAUGGCCAGGUAAUUAGGAAUAAGUGACUUGCCCAGCUACCACCUUAUAUUUUGCAGAUCAGGAAACAAACUCAGUGAUAUAAGUUUCUUGUCCAAGGUCAUACAGGAUUCCAGUAGAAGUCCUCUAAUUCCAAGCCUCCAGAUUCAGCUGUCUUUCCUAGGGCACAUUUGGUUCUUUCCAACCCCAAGAUCCUUGGACUUGAGGACUGAGAUUCCAGGCAAGGAAAGUGGAGUUAGACUGAUGGAUAGGAUGUAUGCAAAACACUGUAUUAUACUAUGAAAGGGUGGGGGUGAGAGUAAAAUCAUAGGAGCUAGGCCUUAAGAGGGGACCUCAGAGAUAAUGUAGUUUAGCCCCUCAUUUUACAGAAGAGGAAAUUGAGGACAGGAGGAGAUGAAGUGACUUGGCUUAAAGGACCAUGCUGGUGAUAAGGGGCAGAGUUAUGAACCAAGUCAGUUCUGUGAUACCAAUCCAGUGUCCUUUCCUGCUAUAUCAAAUUGUCUCAUUUAAGGAAGAGAAAGAGAAGACAAAAAUCCUUGCCCUUAAAGAGUUUAUAAUCUAGAUCCUUGCCUCUCACACAGACCUUCACACUUUUCUCAUUUCUUAUUCAUUUCUUGUUAUAAGUUCUUAUAUUAUUCUUAUUAUUAUUCUCUUUCUUGGUGUUCACAAAUUAGUUGGAAAGAGAAACUGGGAAAUAAGAGGGAAUGAAUGUACCUAUGGAGGAGAUUAAUUCCUGGGUGAAUGAAGGAAGAGAAUAAGAAAUGUAGAUGAGUAAAAGGCAGAGGUGGUAGAGGAGAUGCCAGCUAAGAGUUUGAGGAAAUUUUUGUAGGCAAAUAAAUGUUAAGCAAAUGAGUCAGGAUCUCAUAAAGGAGCUAAUGAAUGCAAUGACUAGAGCCUGGAUAUGGGAAGAGCUUGUCGGAAAUGGAGAGCCAGCAAUCUGCAUCCCCUUCAGUGGGAAGUUUUCUUUGUGGCCACUAGGGAACAGCCCCAUCUCUUUUCCUGAGAGAGGGGUGGGUUUGAAGGACUCUUCCCAAGGGGAGCCAUUAGACACCCCACUGUGUGUGUGUUUGUGUUGGGGGUCGUAGGAGUGUCUUGUAUCUGGGGGCUCCUGGAUUGUUCUGGGGUCGGACUUUUUCUAGCUCCUCCUCAGUAAAUGGUGACAUUUCUUCCUCUCAUCAUGCCUAUUCUUUCUCCUUUUAUUGUUUCUGGGUUUUUCUAUGCCUUUCGACAUCCUACCUUUUAGCUAGCUUGUCUCUCUGAUUCUUAGCAUUCCUCUGUCCAAGGAUGUCGUUCCAAAUUGUCAGCUAUCUGUUUUGGUAUCUCCUAGGACCUGAGUCUUCUUCCUAAUGUCUGUCUAUCUCAAGGACCCUCUGGGUUCUGUUUCAGUGACUGUAUAUGUUUCUCUGAUGCCCUGGGUCUAUCUGUAUUUUAAAGUUUCAGUGACUGUGUCUUUUUCUCCCUAGAACAGGGAGUAUCUCUUACUGAUUCUUAUUGUGUCCUCUGUUCCUAUUUCCAGAAUAAGGCAUCAGGAGUUGCAAAUUAUUUUCUAGCUAUUUACUGGAGAAGGUGCCAUUUGCCUCCUGCCUCCCUCUAGGGAAUGGCAUUUGCUGCAGCUUAGUGACUAUGAGAGGUGGAAUGGGGAAGAGACCCUGGCAAGUAAAUUAUAUACUUCUUGCCCAUGUCUCUGGAUUCUCAUACCUAGCUUCCUUGCCCAAGAAAUAACAAGGAACCCACAAAUAGGAAGAAAUCGACAAAGCUACUUUCUAAGGGGAUUAUUCCAUCUAUCCCCAUAUCUUUCCUUUUCCCUGGUGGGAGAAGGAAGGUGGAUAUAGGGGACAUGGAAGGAUCUGGGUGGAAUGAGAGAGAGGCUUUGAGAAAGCUCUGGAGUAUGAGGGGCUUUGAGCAACUGGAAAUUUCUCUAACUAAAUCAGAUAUCCACCGCUCCCUCAAUUCUCUCCAUCCUUCCCUCUGCUCCAGGUCUCCCUCCUCCCAUCCCCCUCUGUGGCAGCAGCCGUGUAAUUUAAAGCUCUCUCUGUCGCCUCUAAUGUGAUCCUCUCGUUUUAUUGACUCUCUCUGCCGUCUGUGGCGCCCCUUCACAUCAAUCUCCUCUCUAAUCAUCCCACUGCCACAGCCUUCUCGGUCUUCCUUUGCCCCCUCUCUCCCAUUGGUCCUCCAAAGGCACUCACUCCUCUCUUCCACCCAUUCCUUUCACCCAGGACACUCCCAUCCACCGACUCCUGGCCUUACUGCCUAAGGCUUCCUCAUCUCUGUUAUUUCUGCACUCUCCAUCCCACAACUCCAACUGAGACUGAGUGCUGAGGCCUUCAAAGAGUCACCUUGUCCCUGCAGGUACAGCCCAAGGUAUGCCCCAGAGUGGAGAGGAGAAGCCCUUAUGAUGCAGGAAGUAAGGGAAGAAUUCCAGAAAGACCAGCCUGGAACAAUAUGAAAGAAAUUGAGUAUGAGGUCCGCCAUCUCUCUAAUUUGCAUCUCCUCCAAAAAGACAUCCAUUGGGAGGUUGAGACAGAAUGGAUGGCACAGAAAAGGAAGAGGAGGAAAGGAAGCGAUGAAAAAUCAUGGCUCUUCCUGAGGUUUGGUUGGAAGAAGAUGCAGAUAAGGAGAGAACCCCAGGGAAGAGAAGGGGAGGAGGAGGGGACUAGGAAGGUGAAGGGGGGGUGCACAGAGGCAGAGAUGAAUUUGCAAUUGAAAUUAUUCCCAAGGGAGGAGGAGGGAUAGAGAAGAGAUUUGCAAUUUUAAACAGCUUGCCUGCCAACCCAUUGCCCCUUUGGCCUCCAUUUCACCCAGAAGCCAGACCAAGAGAUUAGGAGUCCUUGAGCCAAGAUGGGGAGCCCCUGCUUCCUUUUCCAUUCCCUAGAGUCACUGAGAACAUCAGUAGGGUCUGUGGCCCACUGGAUGGUACUGGGAACCUGUUCUGCUAUCUCUUCUUGGGUAGAGCCCACCUGUGUGCUGGGUGAAGCUGGAAAAAGCCCGGGUGGACUUUCUAGGUUGGCAAAUGUAUUUUGAUCCCCUGUCCUGGAGGAGUUCUAUAAAAAAGAGAACUUCUCCAACUUGGUAGACUCUUUCCCCCAAUCUACCAGUUACCUUGGGAACAGUCUUAACCUCCCCCCAUAACCUUCCUUUCUCAGGUGCUUAUUUGCAUAUUCAUUAACAUGCUAAUCUAGUCCCACUUGGAACUCCUUAAUGUCCCUGCAGUCAUGCCUGGCUACCUGCCCUUCUUCCCCCCAGGAGAGAAGCCAAAAAAAAAAAGAGGAUGGCCCACUGUCUACCGGAGAUUGCACUUAGAAUCUCAUCCCCAGGCUAGGAGUUGAAGAGGAAGCUUAGAAGCGUUCAAAGGAUGGAAAGAACCCUCAUAGUUCAUCUUCUUACCAUCGUCUUCAUUCUGGACCAUAUCUGGAUAUGUGCCAUCUCUGGCUUCACUGUGCAUGUUGAAGGUUCAGGAGUUCUGAAUCACCAAGUAUCUAGAAUUGGAGAAAGUUAAGAUAGAACUUUGGAAAUGUUGAGAACAUAAGGGGAUGCUUUGAAGGAAGCUUAAGAUCAGAGGGUAUUUUGGUGCAAUGUUAAAAAAAAUUUGCCCUAUUGGUGAACUUGUGACAAGGUAGAAGGAAUACUGGAUCUGAUUAUGUCCUAAUACUUUGCUGAUUAUGUCCUAAAUAUCUCCCUUUCUGGGCCUGGGCUGUGGGGGCCAUCACCGAAGAGAUCAGACAUUUUAGAUUGUCAUUCUUUAAUAAGUGAUAUGCCAAGAAAAGAUCUCUCUCUCUCUCUCUUUUCUAGAGAUCAGAGGUAGCUAAAGCCUGGAGCUGGUGAGCUUUUGACUUGGAGUAGAGUGAGUUUCUGCCAUUAAUUCUCAGGAUCAGGAGUGGCUUUCACAAGCCCCGGGGAGAAAAAGAUGAUAGUAGUUUGGUUACCAAUGGAAAUCAGCCCAUGUUCUAUCUUUGGCAAGUAGUCCAUAGGUUGCCAAACCCAGGUUUGUUGUAGAAUGGUCCAGCCUGAGGAGAUGAGCGCUAGAUAAUGUAAAAUACACUGAGACUUUUUCUAAAAAAUAAGAUCUAAAAUACACCUGGAUAUGCAUCUUCCCCCUUCCAUAUUAACCCCUGUUCUCUCAUCUUUUCUUUUGACAUCUUGUCCCUCACCAAAACCCGUCUUCAUCUCUCUUAUCUUUCAGGGUGCUGGCUGUCACGCUGAGAUGACCCCCCAGUGCUCCUCCGUCUGCCAUGGCCACCCUUAACUCUCUUUCCACUGCUAGCAACACCUCUACCCCUGGGCAUAAUGCCCCGUCCCCGCCUCAGGACCCUUCCUCUGGCACAUCCUUCGAAUCUGCCACCAAAGAUCCCCCCACUGCUGCCACAACUGACAGCAUGAGGCCCUCAGAGCCUGGGGGGCACCAGCUUGAGCCAGGCUGUGGCCUAGUCCCACCAAAGGAGACCAGGGAGCAUCCACUGGAGCCAGGCUGUGGCCUCAUCCCACCAAAGGAGCUUGGAGCAGAGGUGGAGGAGGAGGAUAAAAUACAGGAGGAAGAAGCGGGGCCCCCUCCCCAAGACCUGAGUGCCCACUUGCUCUUCACCGAAGAUGGUGCCGCCUAUCUCUUGGCUGAACUGCCUCUCUCUGGCAACAGUGAGCUCCUGCUACCAAAGGGCUUCCCCUGGGGUGAGUCAGGGACUGAGGAAGAGUCCGGCCUGCCCCUCCGAGUCUGCCCGUCCUCCACUCACCUCAAUGUCCUCCACAUCCAACACGGUUUUGACCGAAUUCAAGGCUUUAGCUCUUCUGACCAAAUUCUGCCCCGUAAUACCUCAGCGCCCCCUCUGGCCGCCUGCAAGGGAGGGGAUGGAGCCUUCCGGAGCUACCGGCCAGCCCCACUCCCACCCAGAGAUCCCAAAGAUGGCCCCAUAGGGAGUGGGGACAUAGACCACAGGGAGCUCUUCUGGCUCUGCUUGCUGUGCCGCCUGGGGUUCGGUGGGCCCGAGGCUUUUGUGGCUCACGCUCAGUCUCAUGGGGUGAAGCUGGCUGCAGUUCAGCACCAGAGCCUGCCAAGCUGCCCAGCUGUAAUACAAGAGGGGAAAGAGGGGUCUGCAGUGCUUGUCAGUUUUCUGGAACCAAAAAUAUCUCCCGGCCCCCUGCCCAUGGCACCCCUCAGCAAUGGUGCAGUGGGUGGAAUGGUGAAUGUAGCCCAGGAUACGGACAGUACCCCUGAGGUGGGAAACCAGGGCCCUCCUCUGCCCCUUGAGGAAGACAUGGCCCCCAGCCCACCUUCUCCACCCGCCACCCCAACUGCCUGGGACCCCAACCCAACCCAAGCCAAAGAAUUGCCAGUGGCAGCGGGUGAGGCAGGGCCAGAUUGGUUCCCUGAGGGGCAAGAGGAGGAUGGGGGACUUUGCCCCCCUCUCAACCAAAGUUCACCCUCCCCCAAAGAUGGGGGCGCUCUCCCGGCCCAGGCGGACUCACCCGAAGACCCCAACGACCCACCCCGGCCCUACCGGCUGGCUGAUGACUACGCCCCAGCCCCACCAGCCUUCCAGGGCCUCAGUCUCUCCAGCCACAUGUCCUUGCUGCACUCUCGAAACUCCUGCAAGACACUCAAAUGUCCCAAAUGCAACUGGCACUAUAAGUACCAGCAGACCCUCGAUGUUCACAUGAGGGAGAAACACCCAGAGAACAACAGUCACUGCAGCUACUGCAGUGCAGGAGGGGCACACCCCCGGCUGGCGAGGGGCGAGAGUUACAACUGUGGCUACAAGCCCUAUCGCUGCGAGGUCUGCAACUACUCCACCACCACCAAGGGGAACCUCAGCAUCCACAUGCAGUCUGACAAGCACUUGGCCAACCUCCAGGGCUUUCAGGCCGGGCCAGGGGGGCAGGGAAGCCCCACCGAGGCAGCACUUCCAGCCCCACCUGGGGAAAAGGAGCCCAAGGCCAAGUCUUCCUGGCAAUGCAAGGUGUGCAGCUACGAAACCAACAUCUCUAGGAACCUUCGCAUCCACAUGACCUCAGAGAAGCACAUGCAGAACGUUCUGCUGCUGCAUCAGGGGCUGCCUCUGGGGCUGCCUCCUGGGCUGGUGGGCCCGGGCCCACCCCCACCUCCUGGAGCGGCCUCUGCCAACCCACCUGAGCUGUUCCCGUACUAUGGGCCACAGGGCCUGGGCCAGCCGUCGGCCCCCUUGCCUGGCCCGGGGCUGAGACCUGACAAGCCCCUGGAGGCCCAGCUGCUCCUCAAUGGCUUCCAUCACCUGGGGCCUCCCACCCGGAAAUACCCCACUCCUGAUGAUGACCCUUCGCUGAAAGUGUUCCGGUGCCUAGUGUGCCAGGCUUUCAGCACGGACAGCCUGGAGCUGCUGCUGUACCACUGCACUCUGGGCAGAAGCCUUCCUGAAGCCGAGUGGAAGGAGGUGGCUGGAGACACCCAUCGCUGCAAGCUCUGCUGCUACGGCACUCAGCUCAAGGCCAACUUCCAGUUGCACCUCAAGACUGACAAGCAUGCCCAGAAGUACCAGCUGGUAGCUCACCUGAGGGAGGGCGGUGGGGCCGCCCCAGCCCCUGGGCCCGCUCUGGGGGAGGGUGCCCCUUACGGGCCUGUCUCUCCCCUGCACCUGCGCUGUAACCUUUGCGACUUUGAGUCUAACAGCAAGGAGAAGAUGCAACUCCAUGCCCGGGGCGGCACACACGAGGAGAACAGCCAAGUCUAUAAGUUCCUGCUGGAGAUGGAAGGGACAGAGGCAGGGGUAGAAUUGGGACUUUACCGAUGUCUUCUGUGUGCAUGGGAGACACCUUCCCGGCUGGCUCUGCUGCAACACCUGCGGGCACCCGCCCACCGAGAUGCCCAGGCCCAACGACGACUGCAACUGCUGCAGAGCGGACGAGUAGCUGAGGAAGGACUCUCAGCUCUUCAGAGCAUCCUGUGCUUCAGCCACAGCCAGCCCAGAACUCUUGGGAAAGUUCCUAUUUCUACCCAUGUGGAGCCACUGACUGCAGAGAAAAACACUCAGAACAAGGCCCCUCCGUUAGCUUCUGAAGAGGCAGAGAAUAGAACUGGCCCUUCGGGGGACAAUACCAACCAGACUGUGGUGUACUGCUGUCCGUACUGCAGCUUCAUCAGCCCUGCCAACGAGCAGGUACAGGCCCACACCAUAUCCCAGCAUGCUGUGCAGCCCAAGUACCGGUGCCCGCUGUGCCAGGAGCAGCUGCUGGGACGUUCUGGUCUUCACUACCACCUUAGCCACCUGCAUAAUGUAGUACCUGAAUGUGUGGAAAAACUACUCCUGGUGGCCACAACUGUGGAAAUGACCUUUUUGACCAAAGUGCUGCCUGGGACCAGUCUCAGUCCCAUAGGGGAUAGCCCUGAACCUCCAGCUCCUGGAACUGAACCAGGAUCCAGUGGAGACUCAGCAGUGGAAGAAGGUCCCAACCCGAUCCCAGAAGUCAACCCAGACCCUCUACCGGAGCCUCUUCCACCACCGGCUGAGGUCCCUGACAAGCCUUUGACAAGCCCCGAAAAGCCACCUUCUCCUGCCCCUUCCCCACUCCCUCAGCCCGACCCCCAGACUGAAGAAGCCCCCCCCUCCAUGGCCUCCGUGGAAGAGGACGAGGGGCCGCCGGGGGAGCUUCGCCCAGCAGAGCCAUCCCCCGCCGAUGCUCGCCAUCCUCUGUCCUACCGGAAGACCACCAACUUCGCUCUGGACAAGUUCUUAGAUCCGGCCCGGCCCUACAAGUGCACGGUGUGUAAGGAGUCUUUCACCCAGAAGAACAUCCUGCUCGUACACUACAACUCUGUCUCCCAUCUGCACAAGAUGAAGAAGGCUGCCAUUGACCCCUCGGCCCCGGCCAGAGGGGAGGGGGGGGCUCCCCCCAGCGCAGCCGCUGCCACGGACAAGCCCUUCAAGUGCACGGUCUGCCGUGUCUCCUAUAACCAGAGCUCCACCCUGGAGAUCCACAUGCGCUCAGUCCUGCACCAGACUAGGUCCCGGGGGGCCAAGGCUGAUGCCAAGGCCGAGGGACCAGAGCGGAGCCAGGAAGAGCCCAAAGAGGCCGAGCCCGAUGGGCUGGGGGGCCCAGAGAAGAAGACGACCGAGCCCAGCGGCUUGGUUUCAGGGCUGCCCUUUCUGUCCCCACCACCACCACCCUUGGACCUGCACCGCUUUCCAGCCCCUCUCUUCAGCCCUCCCGUGUUGCCACCAUUCCCUCUCGUACCCGAGUCCUUGCUCAAGCUCCAGCAGCAGCAGCUGCUCCUGCCCUUCUACCUGCAUGACCUCAAGGUGGGGCCCAAGUUGGCACUGGCAGGGCCCACCCCUGUGCUGUCGCUGCCGCCCCCCACUCCCCCAGCCCCAGCCCCUGCCCCACCCCCCAAGGUCGAGCCUGCGGAGCGGGAACGGGAGCGGCCCCCAGUGGUCGAAGAGAGAAGUGAGGUAGGGCCUUCUUCCCCGCCCUGCCAGCCUGCCAAUGAGGCUGCCAGGACAGCGGCCAAGGCCCUUCUGGAGAACUUCGGCUUUGAGCUAGUGAUCCAGUACAAUGAGGGGAAGCAGCCGGUCCCGCCCCCUCCGGCCCCACCCCCGCCCGAGACCUUGGGGGGCGGGGACAAGCUGGCUUGCGGAGCCUGUGGGAAGCUCUUCUCCAACAUGCUCAUCCUCAAGACCCACGAGGAGCACGUCCAUCGCCGCUUCCUGCCCUUCGAGGCCCUCAGCCGCUACGCUGCCCAGUUCCGGAAGAGCUACGACAGCCUGUAUCCUUCCCCGGCAGAGCCGCCCAAGCUUCCCGACGGGCCUGCGGACCCUUCUGCUCCCCCGCUCUGCCCGCCCUUCCUGGGGCCCGAACCAGAGGCUGGGAGUAGCCAGCUCCCUGAGGAGCACCUGCGCCUGGGAGGACGCUGGGCCCAGGAGGAGGAAGACUGUGGGAAGGGCCCCAUUCCCCCACCGGCUCCUGCAGGCCGCCGCUUCUCCCGCACUAAAUUCACAGAGUUCCAGGCCCAGGCCCUGCAGUCCUUCUUCGAAACCAGCGCCUACCCCAAAGACGGGGAGGUGGAGCGCCUGGCGGGCCUUUUGGGCCUGGCCAGUCGUGUGGUGGUGGUCUGGUUCCAGAAUGCUCGGCAGAAAGCCCGGAAACACGCAGGGGAUGGGGGUCCAGUGACAGUCUUGGGAGCAGGGGGCGGAUCUUUGGCCUGCAGGCGCUGCCAUGCAGCCUUCUCUUGUAUCUUUGAGCUGGUUCGGCACCUCAAGAAAUGCUACGAUGACCUGCCCCCAGAAGAGGAAGAAGAGGUGGGGGAAGAAGAAGAAGAAGCAGUGGAGGAAGAAGAACCAGAGGAAGAACAGGUAGCAGAAACCCCAGCGGGCCCAGAGGCUCCAGCACCAGGGUCUCCAGAGGGAGAAGACCUGUGCCAGGCAGAGACCACCAGGCCGGUGGGAAGAGAGACAGAAGGGAUGUCCCCAGGCUCCCCCCGCCUGGCCCACACCUGUGACCAGUGUGCUGCCUCCUUUACCAGCCAGGAACUCCUGAGCAGCCACCGGAGACUCCACUUUGUGCCGCCAGUGCCACCUGGCGCCCCCCCACACCUCUUGGACCUCCCCCUGCUAGUGUUUGGGGAUCGGGGUCCUCUGGUGCCGGGGCCCCCGACGGCCUCAGGGCCUCCUCUGAAGCGCAAGCAUGAAGAGGGCAGCCUGUCACCCACAGGCAGUGAGGCUGGGGGGCCCGGGGAUGGGGAGCCACCUCGAGACAAGCGUCUCCGAACCACCAUCCUGCCUGAACAGCUGGAAAUCUUGUACCGAUGGUACAUGCAAGACUCCAACCCAACCCGCAAGAUGCUGGACUGUAUCUCCGAGGAGGUGGGACUCAAGAAGCGGGUGGUGCAGGUCUGGUUCCAGAACACCCGAGCCCGGGAACGGAAGGGCCAAUUUCGAAGCACUUCUGCAAGUGUACCCAGCCCAGCCAUCAAGACACCCACUCCCCCCACCCCUGUGCCCUUCACAAAAUUCGGCCUCCUGAUGGGCAAAGUGGAGGAUGGAGUAGGAAGGGAAGCCUCCAAGAGAGAAGCACUCGCCCUCCCCUCUGCAGCAGCCUCUCCCUCUGCUGGCCCUGCAACCUUUUUGCCAACCUCCAAGGAGGCCAGUGCUUCCCUACCAGAUGCCACCCCAACACCCCCACUGCUUCCCCCACCUCUUGAGGAAGAGGUGCCAGAUGAGCCUCUCAAGGCAUCUCCAGAGACUGAGGUAUGCAGCCCGUCAGGAGGGGACUUGAGCGACUCCUCGGCUUCUAGUCUGGCAGAGCCAGAGUCACCUGGCGCUGGAGGAGGGGGUGGGGGUGGUGCCGGAAGUGGGGCCGGGACCCCUGAUGGGCUAGGGCAGCGGCGCUACCGGACCCAGAUGAGCAGCCUGCAGCUGAAGAUCAUGAAGGCCUGUUACGAGGCCUACCGCACUCCCACCAUGCAGGAGUGCGAAGUACUCGGAGAAGAGAUCGGGCUUCCCAAGAGAGUCAUCCAGGUGUGGUUCCAGAAUGCCCGUGCCAAGGAAAAAAAGGCCAAACUGCAGGGGGUGGGAGGAGGCGGGGGAGGCAGCGGCAGCGAAGGCCCCGUGGGAGCUCCCCGAACCGACUGCCCCUACUGUGAUGUGAAGUAUGACUUCUAUGUCUCCUGCCGAGGCCAUCUGUUCUCCCGUCAGCAUCUGGCCAAGCUUAAGGAGGCUGUGCGUGCCCAGCUCAAGAGCGAAAGCAAGUGCUACGACCUGGCCCCUGCCCCCGAGGCUCCUCGGGUCCCCAAGGCUCCUGCGCCGACCACCGCUGCCACGCUGCCUCUGGGGGCAGCCAGCACCCUGCCUCGCCUGGCGCCCGUGCUCCUGUCCGGGCCUGCUCUGGCUCAGCCCCCGCUCAGCAGCCUAGCCCCCUUCAGUUCAGGCCCUGCAGCCUCUUCGGGCCUCAUUAGCCUUGCCGCUGCCGCCUCCGUUUUGCCGGCCACUACAGUCGUCCAGCCCAGCCCAGCUCGCCCCUUACCUCAGAGACCAGACCAAACCAACUCCACCACAGCCGACCCUGCCCCAGGCCCUCCCGUUGAAGCUUCAGGGGAUGAGGUCCCUGAUGAGCGUAAGUGUGCUGCUGCUGGCGUCACCACUUCCUCUACUGAUGCCCUCAAGAACCUCAAGGCACUGAAGGCCACGGUGCCCACCUUGCUGGGGGGCCAGUUUCUGCCCUUCCCCCUGCCAACAGCAGGGGGGGCUGCCCCCCCAGCCGUCUUUGGUCCCCAGCUCCAAGGGGCCUACUUCCAGCAGCUCUAUGGUAUGAAAAAGGGGCUGUUCCCCAUGAACCCUGUGAUACCUCAGACCCUCAUCGGGCUGCUUCCCAACACCCUCCUCCAGCCACCACCCCAGCCCCCCGAGCCCACGGCCACAGCUCCCCUGAAGCCUCCAGAGUUGCACCUCCCGGGUGAGGGUGAGCCUGGAGAAGCAGAUGAAUUGUUAGCAGGUACCACUGGCAUUUCCACCGUGGAUGUGACCCACCGCUACCUGUGCCGCCAGUGCAAGAUGGCGUUCGAGGGGGAGGCACCUGCUGCUGCCCACCAGAGGUCCUUCUGCUUCUUUGGCAGGGGCCCCGGGGCCGCCGUGCCCCCCCCUCUCCGCGUGCCCAUCUGUACCUACCACUGCCUGGCGUGUGAGGUGCUGCUGAGUGGGCGGGAGGCCCUGGCAGCACAUCUGCGCUCCUCAGCGCACCGGCGCAAGGCGGCCCCGCCGACCCCCCCAGGAGGCCAGCCGGUCCCCAACGCCACGGCUUUUGCCAAAGAGGAAGCAAGAUUACCUCACACGGACUCCAACCCAAAAACUACUUCUACCUCUACACUUCUAGCUUUAUAAACAGAGAAACCAAGAUAGGGGAAGAGAGGAGGGCGCUUCAGCUCUUCCUGGUGGGAGCUCAAACCCCCCACCCAUACCCCAUGGCUCUGCCCACCCUGGGGGAGUCUCCAGACCUCGACCCUCAGUGGGCUCACACACCCCACCUCCAGCAGUGUCCUGCCUCCUCCCCUGACACAGACACAUAACCUGGCUCCUAGCCUCCCUGCAGACAUCCCCUUUCUGCCCCCCAUUCUUACAUGUGCACUCCCACAGCCUGCCUCCCCACAUAUAGACACACACACCUUCCUCCCUCAUCCUGCCUUCCCCAGCAUUUUCAUGGUCUCCAAGGCCUCCUGCCUCUUCCCCACGAUGUCCCCAGCCACACCCCAUACUGUGCUACUGACUGAGAAACGCCAAAAAGAAGAGAGAGAGAAAAAGAAAACCCAAGAGGACGAAGGGGGAAGGAAGGAAAAAAAUAUAUGUACCACUCUCCUUUCCUCUCUCCCACCUCCUUUGUCCAGAGCGCAACACCGCUCACAACUCCAAGCUCCCAGCUGGCCAGCCCCCCUCGCUGGGGCCCAGGAUGGGUAGGGAGUCUUGGAACUCUAACCAAACAAGAGAUGGGGCAGGGAGCGGGGUCCCCUACUCCCCCAUCUCCCCUCCCUCUCCAGCAGGGGAACCUCGGUAGCCUGGACUCUUGAGGAAGCCGCUGCCAGGAGCUCCUGUGCCCCUCUCCUUCCUACACCCCAGAACUGCAGUAACUUAUUCUCAAAGGCUUUAAACACAGAGAUCCUCUCAGCAGCCAUGGGCCAGCCCCUGGUUCCAGGCCUGCCACCAUUGGGCCCAGUCUCUGGGACCCAGUGCCGCCCAUCAACGGCAAAUCCAAAGUUCUUUAAAAAACUGAGACACACACACAACCAAAAAAGAGAGAGCAAGAGAGCGCGUACGCGAGAGAGAGAGAUGGAGAGACCAGAGGAAUGAACUAAAGAAAAAUAAUAAACUUGAAAAACACAGAAAAAAAAAACCCAACAGAAAACCCACCAAACAAAAUGGUUUUUCCUGUUUGUGUCAGUGUUUUGGUUUUUUAGAUUUUUAAAAUUCUCUUGUGUUAAGGGUUGUUUUUUAAACCUCCCCAUUUCUUUGGAAGAACAAACGGUUUUUAGCCCCUGAAAUGGUUGAGCACCUCAUGAGACUGAGAAUAAUGUUGUCACCCUAUCUUUUCCCCUUCCCUGUUACAGAUGCUGUGUAUUUAAAGAGGAAAGGUAAAAUCCCCAACUUGCGUAAAGAAUCGUAUCACCAAAAAGCUCUUUCCCAGAGACAGAACAGGGACUCUUGGAAACCCUGUCCAGAAAAAUGUGGAUGGAUGUGGCAAUUUGGUUUGUGAAUCCUAGCUGUCCUUUCCUCCCAACCAUUUUACUCCCCUCCUAAACCUCAACUCCAAUUCCCAUUUCUUGAUUCCUCCCUUCAUAACCUCUACUCCCUAAAGUUCUCCAUCCUCUCUUUCACCUUCACCCACUAUCUCCAGGUCCUUACCCUCCUCACUUCCCAUCAUACCACAGCCUGUAUCUCCCAUUGCUCAGUAGCUGUUCAACUGUUGAGGGGAAUUUAGAGGUGCUAGAAUAUGUCCAUGAGAUCACAGGGACUUGCCCAAUUGAGGGGGCUGUUGGGAGAAUAAAUGAUGGUUUAAGCACAAGACAGGAGCUCCUCUCCUUAAAAUUGGUCAUUUUUCUAAGUAAAUAUGGUGGCAAGGGGCCAAGAGGCAGAUGGAAGGUCUUGGUAAAGGACAAGUCCUCACUCAUAAAUAUUGUGGGCUACUGAUUUUCCUCAAAUACUCCUGAAUCCCUGUCCCUUUUCUAGUCCUCUGUUCUGCUAACAGUUUUACCUUUUUUUCCUUUACCUUCCACCUAACCAUUCAACCCUCCUCCCCAAUUAUUAAUUCCAUCCUGGAAUUUAGGUUUUCUAGUCAGUAAAAUUUUCCAUGCUAAACAUGAGAGUUACAACUUAUGUAGAAGAGAGAGAAGGAAGGGGAAGGGAAGAGAGGAAAGAAAAACCUAGCUUAGUCCUAGAAUGACCACACAAGCUCAUAAGUUUAUAGUGUGAUCUAUAAUUUACAAAGUGCUACCCUCUCAAUAACCCAAUGAUAUCUUGUGAGUUUCACUUUAUGCCCCAAAGUCAGUCACCACCACCCAAGUGGGAUCAGAGGGGCAGAACUAGUUACUCUGAUGAUGCCAAAAAAUGCCAGCUACUAAUGUAGGUAGCAAGAGAGGAAGCAACCCACCUCUAGUUGGUCCAUGCUGCUUUUGCUAUCAUCUUUCUCUUCUUCCCUCUCGUUGCCCUCCUAACCCCCUCUCUUUCCCGUUGAAAUUCCAUGUAUAAAACUAUUUUCUUAGCAGCAUGUGUAUGAGGAAAGAGGCUUUUUAACUCUGUGCUUUAUGGGAAUGUGACUUGUGUAUAAAGGUUGAAAACAAAAACACAGGAAAAAAAAUAAGAGGAAACAUUUUAAAAACCAAA